AUGGUCACCUUCACGAAAUUGGCUGCGACGUCGGUGGUGAUCAUCUGCUUCGCUGGAGCCGCGCCAGUGAAAAACCCCUCUUCCAUCGGCGAACGCACCAAAUGCCUGACUGUGGGCUGCCCACAGCCGGAAGAACUCCACCCGUAUAUAGGGAGUGUCACGCAGGUGGAUAGACGUGAUGUCGUUCCUCUCAGGAACGCGAAAGUGGAGGAUAUCACUGAGACCGGGGACUCUGAGGUUGUCAUGCCUGCUGUCUCGACGAAGCUGGUGAAGAACAGCAUUGUCAAGAAGCCACUGGAAGCGCUUGUGGGCGAGGAGACGAAUGAUCCUGGACAUGGCAAGAGGGAUAUCCAGAAGCAGCUUGAGCAGGAUGGUGUUGAAGAGGAGCACGAGGGCGCCAGCCUUACCAACAACUCGCCUCUCUACCCCACCCGUACCCUUGAGAAUCCCGAGUCGGCUCAAGCAGGCACAGGUGCACGCAUCCCUCUUCUCAGGGCAGAAGAUGGCUUGGUUAAUGUCCUCGAACGCACUAUAAUGGGGCGGGGCAGUGACCUUGGGCGAAACUAA